AUGCUGCCAUUGCUGAAGCAUUGUUGCUGGCGUGGUGUUCUCUUCUUCCGGCGAAAGGGAUACGCUGCUAUAUUUUGGAGCAGUCCGGGCAUAGUGUUCCAGCCUGGCGGCUGCAUCUGGGCUUUCUCUCUGGGUCUUGUUGCCACCCAUAGUGUGAAGUGGUGUCGGAGCGGUAGGGAGGAUUAUCUUCAGAGCGGCUGUAAAGAUGAUAUUCAGAAGGAUUUAGAGUUUUCUCUGCAGAGCGUCUGGAAGAUUUCUCUGCAGAGUUCCUGGGAGGAGCAGCUGGAACAUCUUCAGAUAGGCUCGAUAAUCUUUAGAGCGGCUGGAUUAUCUUCAGAGUGUCUUGGAAGAUUACCUUCAGAGCGUCCGGAGUAUCUUCAGAGCGGCUGGGAGGAUUAUCUGCAGAAAGAUCGCCACUCCCAACAUGCUGUUGUGACUGUAGAGGUAGGAAAGUGCGUCACUGUGUGUCUACAUCUAAUUACAUUUUAA